AUUUUGGAAUAACAAAUAAAAACACUGCCCCGAACACGCUGCUCUGGUUUUCAUUCGGAGAGAAGAACAAUGGCGUCUUCGUCUUCUUCUUCUUCAGCUCUCUCAAGAAUAUCUAAUCUCAGUAGACAUUUUCACCCAUCAGAUUCGAAAAGCAGCGAUAAUCCACAGGCUGCCAUUGACGCUCCAUUUCGAGGCCUAAUUAAGAUAUCCACCGAAGUUUCUGCUGCCAUGUCGCGCGGGCAUCCUGUUGUUGCCCUCGAAUCAACCAUCAUCUCUCAUGGUAUGCCAUAUCCGCAAAAUCUGGAAACUGCGAAGGAAGUAGAAGCAAUAGUGAGGAAGAAUGGAGCGGUUCCUGCAACUGUAGCAAUUUUAGAUGGCACACCAUGCGUAGGCCUGAACGAGGAAGAAUUGGAGAGGUUAAGCAUUCUGGGAAACCGAGUUCGAAAGACGGCUAGGAGGGACAUAGCACAAGUUGUUGCUAGUAAAGGAAAUGGUGCUACUACUGUUUCUGCAACAAUGUUCUUUGCUUCUAGGGUUGGCAUCCCUGUGUUUGUGACUGGGGGCAUAGGAGGAGUCCAUAGACAUGGUGAAAAAACGAUGGAUAUAUCUUCUGAUCUCACUGAGCUAGGAAGAACACCUGUAGCAGUCAUCUCAGCUGGCGUAAAAUCGAUAUUAGAUAUCCCCAGGACUCUUGAAUAUUUGGAAACUCAGGGAGUGUGUGUUGCAGCUUAUAGAACAGACGAAUUUCCUGCAUUUUUUACUGAAACCAGCGGCUGCAAGGCACCUUGCCGUGUUGAUACCCCAGAAGAUGCUGCAAAGCUUAUUGAUGCCAACUUGAAUCUUGGGCUCGGAAGUGGAAUUCUGAUAUCUGUUCCAAUUCCAAAAGAGCAUUCAGCUUCUGGAAGCUUAAUUGAGAAUGCAAUACAAAGCGCUCUUCAAGAAGCUCGGGAGAAGAAUAUUGUGGGAAAUGCUGAAACGCCUUUCUUACUUAAAAGGGUGAAUGAACUCACUCAAGGAGCCUCGCUCGCUUCGAAUAUUGCACUUGUAAAGAACAAUGCUCUUGUGGGUGCUAGGAUUGCUGUUGCCCUUGCCAAACUCAGAGUGCAAUAGGAGGAAGUUGGUGUGGGACCCCCCAAUCCACCUCCCUUCGGGACCAGCGUCCUUGUUGGCACACCGCCUCGUAUCCAUCACUCUUUGGGUCUCAUCUUCCUCGUUGGCACAUCGGCCGAUGUCUAGUUCUGAUACCAUGGCUAGCAAAUAUUGUCUUUUUUGGGCUUCCCCUCGAAGUUCUUGAAACGCGUAUGCUAAGGAGAGGUUUUCCCACCCUUAUAAAGAAUGUUUCGUUCUCCUCCCCCAACCGAUGUGGGAUGUCACACUGGGUGAUUUUAUUGGCUCGUUAUUUCUUAUUGAAAGAACAUAGAUCAAUACAAAAAAAGGAUCUGAUCUUCUAAGUGUUCUUUUAAAUAUUCAGGGAGGCUUUGCUUACUUGAACGCUAGCUUUGAAAGGCAUGAAAGUUCAGAUUGCUGUUCAAAGAGUCUUAUCUGAUUUAGAAAUUCCUUACAUUUUUGCUCUUAGAGAAGGUAAAGCCAGAUUUGGAUUGUAUCAAAUUUGUUGGAUUUUGAAAUUUAAGUUGCAUUCAACAUGGAAAUGCCAGAAAUGACCUGAAUAUGAUUUAAAGUUUGAUUUGAUUUGGUAUGUCAUAUGAAUUGAUUCAGCGAA